GUGCAGCUCGUUGAGGAUGCGAAAUCGCUUAUUCGAGUGCUUGUCAUGUAUCUCCCGGUCCCAAUGUUUUGGGCUCUGUACGACCAACAGCUACUGAUCGCUAACACGCGACAUCUUCGAAAUAUUAACAAAGCUGGUGGUGAUGGACAUCACGAUUUGACUUGCAGCAUUUAUUUUUAUGUCACCACAGGGUCAGUUUGGACCAUCCAAGCAGUCCAGAUGAACUGCCGCCUUUGGGGCAACUUUUUGCUUCUUCCUGAUCAAAUGCAGACAAUGAAUGCUGUUCUCAUUCUUCUCUUCAUUCCCCUAUUCCAGAUUGUUAUAUAUCCACUAAUCAGCAGAUUCGUUGAUUUCACACCACUUCGGAGGAUGGUAGUCGGUGGUGUGCUUGCUGCUCUUUCAUUUGUUAUUGCUGGGUUUGUUCAAUUGCAAAUCAAUACAUCUUUGGCCGAAUUACCAGGACAGCAGCAAAGCUUCGUAUCCGUAACGAAUACCCUGCAAAAUUGUAGCGUCACAGUAGCUGCGAUGGAAUAUCCGGACAUCGCACCGAAAACUGUGCCUGCGAAUUAUUCUUUGGUGAAUGAUCGAACCAGAGGCCUAAAGCAGAUGUUUCGCUUGAAUGCUGGGCAAACCAACUUCACAUUGUCAUACACUGGAGAUGGUUGCGCAGCUUAUAGUUCGCUGCCUUCAACUGCUGCUUAUGAUCUGGAACCAAAGAAAAUACAAGCGCUUAUCAUUGGCCAUCAUGGUACCUAUUUAACAACAGUGCAAACGAAUAAACCAACCAACGGAAAUGGCGAAUUCGCCAUCAUCAGGCAGGACUACUAA